AUGCAGGAAUUGCUGUAUGAACGACCCAUCACUCUGGCACACCGCGAGACCGUCGAGCUUGAGGCAGACGAUAUUCUAGCUGCUGCGUACACUGGCAACGUGGCAUUCCUCGUCGUAGGCGACCCUCUGUCAGCGACGACGCAUGCCGACCUCAUUAUUCGUGCGCGCAACUAUAGAGCACCUGGCUCGGAAUGCACAACGCCUGUCACUGUCAGGAUCAUUCACAACGCCAGUAUCACUACGGCACUUGGGUCCAGUGGCUUGGCUGGCUACAAUUUUGGUCAGACUGUGAGCAUCCCAUUUUGGACGGAGGAUUGGCAACCUGAUAGCUGGCUCUUCCGUAUCGGCGAGAACAGCCAGCUCGGUCUUCAUACACUGUGCCUAAGCGACAUCAAGGUGCGGGAGCAAAGCAUAGAGGACAUGAGCCGAGGAAUUGCUCGUUACCAGCCACCGCGAUACAUGCUGAUUCCCCAGCUUAUUGCACAACUUGUGGCGGCUGCUCAGCACCAUCAGGUCGACUACCUGCAUCCUGAGCGCACACUAGCCAUAGCUCUCUGUCGCAUGGGAGCAGAGGACUCGGCAACACGGCGCGGUGAGCUCAUUGUCGCUGGUACACUCGCUGAGCUGUUGCGUUGCACAGAGCCUGACGAAGCACAACAACAGGAAGACAUGCGAGAGGAUGAACAGUUUGAAGAGGAGAACCCCACGGUGAGCGAGAAGGAAAUGGAUGCACGACGUGAAGCUCGACGUGUACAGCGAGCACUGCAGUUCUGGGGCCAUCCCUUGCAUUCGCUUGUGCUUGUAGGUCAUCGGCUGCAUCCGAUGGAGGUCGAAUAUGGUCGGGCUUUUGCAUUGCCAGGAAGUCGAUGGGCCGACGUCGCUCGCGACGUGUACGGCGCGCGCGACACAUAG